GAUCAUUAACCCAGUUGAGUCUAGCGAGGCGGCGCGAUCGGGCACGCCACACGCGGCAGUCCACCACGAUGCAACUGCCCGAAACGCCGCCGCCGCCCCUUGCACCCCUUUGGGACCGUGUGUUGCGAGCUCGUGCCUUACCUCCAGAUCUCGACGUGCAAUUACUUUAUACAGCUAUCAAAGAUCGACUCACACACCCAGAAUGGGAAGUACGGUUGCAUGCGUUACGCGUGCUGGCUGAUCUACUGCCGCUCUCAAAUAAUGCACUCUCCUUCCCCUUUGAUCAAGUUAUCGACAAUCUUGGAUAUAGCUCGCCGAAUGUAAGAAAGGCCGCGUUGGACGCUUUGAAGGUAUUUUGCACGCACUGUGAAGAACCCGAAUGUGCAGCACGUGCUAUAUUAGACAAGUGUUCCUACAAUAAUAUUCGACCCCAUUCCGCUGAUUUCAAUUUCAAAAUUAAUGUUGUGACUGGAUUGAUACUUUCUAUACCUGCCCUCGUCGGUAUAUUAAAAAGAAGGUGUAGAGACCUUGACCUGUACCCUAUAUUUGAAGAUUUAGGUCAAAAGUUAUUUGACCCACUUCAUCGGGACGUUGCCUUAAGAUCAUUAAUGAAAUUGCGUCGUGUCUGUGGACCACGUGACUAUAUGUUACUAUUUUCUAAAUUCGAUUCGAGGAUACAGGAAAAAUUUCGAUAUUUGUGUGAAAUAUACGACGAAGACUCCAUGGAUGUUUAUUACGCUCCGAGAAAACCCCGCAAUCAACACCUUAUGCAAAUUAAUCGUAUUUUAAAUAGUUCAACCACAAUACCUCUUAAUUUUUCCACUGAUUCCUCAUCUGAAUCUGAGUCUUAUAGAAUUCCAUUGAAUAAUAAUAAUUAUGCCAAAGUGAUUAUUGAAACUGAAAUAAAGUUUGAUUCGGACACGGCGAUUACAAUGACUGUUUUGGAACAAAAUGAAACUGAAUCUGAUAGAAAUAUUGGAAGUGAUGAAGAUUGUGAUAGUGAUGAUCGAAUGUUUUUGAAAUACAGUGAAGUCGAGUCAGAAGAGGAUUCCGACGUAGUGGUGAAAAAGGUUCGGUUCGGUGGUGAAAGUGUUAAAAUACGGACGCCGGAUAGUGACAAUUUGUUAAACAGUGAAGAUGACUCAAAUCAAAAUAGACGUUCCGAAUUGAUUGACAAAUCCGCUAUGUUAGAACAACCUAGUAUUUUGAAUAAAGCAAAAGAAUUAAAGAAAGAAACUUCUGAAAAAGAACGAACAGUACCUAAGAGAAGUGGAAUACCGUUGCCAGUUAUAAAUAGGGGAAAUGGUCUCAGCAAUGGUAAGACUAACAAGCUUAAAUCAAAAUCAUUGAGUGAAUUGUAUGAUUAUUUUAAGUGUGGGAAGGAAAGUGCAAAAUCAAAGGAUCGAACGGGAUUUGCGUUGACUCUCACCGAUGUGAGAUCUCCUGAAAAAGUUCCGAGUCCAGUUGAAGUACAUAGAGAGGUGGAAGUUUUACAUAAUUUACAAAGGAGUCCUACUUUAUCUCCAAGACGACAGCAAACCCGAGUGAGUGUUGAGAAAAAUGGAUUUGUUCUCAGUCUAAUCGCAUCGUCUCCGCCUGAGUCCUUGUUGGUAUCACCGCGACCGUCUUCACAUCUGAAGACGCAAUAUGACUGGGAGACACUGGGUAUUGUACCCAAACACGUUGCAGAUCAGCUGCAUAAUACGGAAAAUUGGAUAGCAGCAGUGAAAGCGGCAGACCAGCUCCACGGGGCGUUAUUGGAAACUGAUAAUGUACUGCGCGUGGAGCCAGCUGCCCUGUCUCUUGUGCAGCACAUGUGGGCCCUUAGUGAUGCUAUACCAGCCACAAAAGCCCCAAGUGAGGGGGUAGUGUGUGCCGUAGUACGUAAUAGCAGCGCUGAUUGCAUCCGACAGCUCUUGCCCACCUUACUCGAACGGACCACCCGCGAGCCGCCGCCCAACGCCCUGCCUCAUGCUUUGCUGCAACGGAUAGCGUUGCAUCACUUGGUAGAACUGGUGUUUGAUCCGAAUGUUAUAAGGCUCCCAGAGUCAGAAAUAGAAGAAGCCAGAUUAAGGUCAGCGUUAUGUCUGGCUCGAGCCGCAGGACCCGCUGCAGUGUUGGCUGCUGUAAGACGAAGGCUCUCUGGUUCUUCUCAAGCAGAUAUCUUUUGUGACAAGUUACGAGAUCGACUAAACAGACCUGUGGAGGGCAUACGAUCGUAUCAUUUUACAAAUGGGUACAGGUCGCACUUGCCGGUGUCGACUCGGCGCGCCCGCUCGACGCCGCCCGCGCCGGCGCCGCGCCCGCGCCGGCUGCGCCCGCUGCCUGACUCCGCACCGCUACCUGGUAUUUCUUCACCUGGAAGAGUGUUUGAUGUCAAACCGCAAACGAAUUUACACGAACGAGAUUCCAGUGCAAACACAAGAACAUCAGACAAGGCGGACAUUUCGACCCCCUUAAAAGAUGAGAAAGCUAUAAUUGAAGAUGUUUCGGAACCGACGGAAAGUGGAAUGCAGAAGGCUGAAGUUGUAUCACAAGCGCCCAGUACUCCUUCGAUCCAUGUCGAAGAUUGUUCUGAAAAAUCAAGUCAAUCUCAACCAAGUUUGUACGACAAAACACCUACAGAACAACAAGAAGAAGAAAAACAACUAGAAGAAACAAUUUCUCAAGAAUCUGUGGAGAAAGUUGAAAAUACAGUUUCACGACCGCAGAGUGUAAAAUCCGCCUUAUCUGAACGACCAACGAGUUAUCAUUCAAAUGAAUCUAUACAAAUUGUUCACGAAGAAGACGAGCCUAAGAGAAUCGUAGAGCGCGAUGUGCGGACCGCAUUGGCGGAGACCAUAUUAUCACCGCGUCAUGAAGACUGGGAGGCGAUUGUUAGUGCGUUGGCUGAAAUUGAAAGACUCGCAGCAGACGAAACAGCUCGCGCGCCGGCUGCAAGCUGGCGAGCUGUUGUCCGUUCUGCCUCAGCUCAUGUGCGAUCACUUCGAUCUAGAGUAGCUCGAGCUGCCUGCGCAGCAUUGGGAACAUUGUUUGAUCAUCGUGGAAAAAUAUUAGAGCCAGAAGUAGAAGAGGCAGCAGGUGCUCUGUUGGAGCGCUGUGCUGAUGCAAAUAGAUUCUUAAGAGCUGAAGCUGCCAAUGCGUUAGGAAGAGUGGCUUGUGGCGCGGGAUGUGCAAGAGCUGGAGUCGCUUUGGCCAGGCGAGGCGCAACUCAUAGGGCAGGCCCUGUUAGGGCAGCGGCUGCUCAAGCGUUAGCACGUCUUGCGAGACACGCAGGCGCGUCGAAAAUUCUAGAACUCCCUCCAGAACCGCGGAUAGUAAUACUACGUGCUGCAGGGGAGCUCCUCGGUGACGCUCACCCUGAAACGAGACUUCACGCUCGACAUCUUUGCGUCACUUUAGCAGAAGAUCCACGUUUCAAUCAAAUGCUCAAAGACUCCAUGACCCCGAGCAGAUAUCGUGCUAUAGAAAAAUAUGUUGAGAAAUUACGCUGUCGGUGAAAUCGCGUGAAAACUUAGCAUAAUUAUGAAUGUUAAUAUAACUGUUACGCAAUCGUUAACAGUGAACCUAAAUAACUAAACACAAUUUUCGUAAAUUAGUAUUACGAAUAAGUGGAAUUGAAUGUAUGCGAAUUCAAUUCACUGCCUAUAAUGUCCCCAAAUCCCAAAAA